AUGGCCAAGUUGGAUGAUAUAUCAAAAAUUGAAAUUGCUAAUGAAAUUCACUCACCAGCUCCUGUUCAAAAUAUAAAUAAAAAUACAGCCACUCAAUGGAAUAUCUCAUGUGAACAUAUUCGUUAUGGCAGAUGUAUCUUGGUUUUAGUCUGUAUCAUUUUAAUUACGAUAAUUAUUACUGUUCCAACGGUUCUCGUACACAAGAAAAAGAUGAAAACUAAUAACAUAAUAGCAACAACAACGAUCACAGCAACAAUAUCAACAACAACAACCACAACCAAAGCUCCAUUACAUAACAUUAUUACUGAUAAAACAACAUGGAUACAAAAUGGAAUAACUAUUUUUCAUCAAUCCUAUAUUGAUGAAUCUGAUUUUGAGUUUAGCUCUAUGGAUAUUGACGAUGAUAAUGAAAUUAUUUAUAUUGUUGAACAUAGAAACGAUCGCAUUAUAGGAUUGCAAUUAAAUCGAACGAACUGUCCAAUUGUUAUUGAUGGAAAUGGCACACAUCAGUUAUCGGGUCCAGUAGAUGUUAUUGCUGACAAAAAGACUGAUUCAAUUAUUAUUUGUCAGCUUUUGAUAGGGAUUGCCCGAUGGUCUCGUCAAAAUGCAACUAGUGUACCCAUAAUCUUUCCGAAUAUUCAUUGUAAUAGUCUAGCAAUAGAUGACAAAGGAUAUCUCUAUGUUAGUGAUUGGAAAGAAAAGGAAGUCAGACGAUGGGAAAUUGGAGUUAGUAAUAAAAGCACUAUCGUUGCACGUGGAAACAAAGCAGGAAAUCAUUCUGAACAAUUCAUGAGUCUAAUACUUCUCUUUGUCGACAUAGAUUAUUCAGUAUAUGGGGUGGAUAAACAUAAUCAUCGUGUGAUGAAAUGGAUGAAAAACGCAACAACCGGGAUUAUUGUUGCUGGUGGAAACGGUGCUGGAGCUAACCUAACACAACUGUCUGAACCUGGAGGCGUAAUUGUCGAUCAUUUAGGUAAUGUUUAUGUAGCCGAUACACUGAAUCAUCGAAUAAUGCGUUGGAUCAAUGGAGAUAAAGAAGGUACUGUUGUUGUUGGCGGGAAUGGACGAGGAAAUCAAGCAAAUCAACUGUUUUAUCCUAGUGAUUUAUUAUUUGAUAAACACGGUAAUCUUUAUGUCUUUGAUUCAUACAAUCAUCGAUUACAAAAAUUCGAAAUUGAAUCAAAUUGA